CCGCAAGAACAGCCAUUUUUGUUUUAGAAAGAAAAUGUCGGAUGAAGAUUUAGCUGAGUUGCGUCCUGAUGAUAACAAAAAGGGCAAUAUCUUCGAAAUAUUGCAGAAAGAAGCCAAAUUAACAGCGGAAAGUAUUGAGGCACGCGAUCAGAAGCCUUACGAAGGAAUUGCCACAACAAAACAAGGCUCAGAAUUCAAGCGAGAUCAACAUGGAUUUCGUAAUUUGCCAGGCUUGAAAUGUCCUAUCGUUUCCAAAUCGACAGACGAUGCAGUUGAAGAAUGUUCUCAAGAGCUCAAAGAAUCUCCAGAAUCAAAGCGACCAAGAUUAUCUAUGCCAGUAGUAUCUCCAAUUUCUACAACAGAUGCUUGUAUUAGUCCCGAAUCUGGUAAACGCAGAAGAAUACAACAUGAUUAUCGUAGUUUAUCAAGAUCAGGUUAUGUUGAUGAUUAUGAAGCUAGAAAAGAUCAAAAAAGAUUUUCUAAAGGAACCGAUUCUGAUACAUCAAUAAACAGUAAUUCACUCUCUCCAAGAUCAAAGACAUCAUCACCGAAAGCAAAAUCACCCAUAUCCUUUUCUGCUGGCAAAAUGAUUGGCAGUACAACAGAAGAUGACACCGCAGAAAAAAUCCAAACACAAACAGUUUCAGAUGUACCAGAAACUACAAAUACUACUCCUGUUCCGAUCCAGUUGGAUCAAAAAGCACCAGAUGAUGCCACAAAUGACAAUCAGGUGCCAAUAAUUAAAAUAGAACCAAACAUAGAAGAGAUAAUGGAUUAUCGUCCCGCAGGCACUUACAUAUCAAGAUUGGAUCCCUUACGUAGACUAAAACAACAAGAGAAUCAAAGUGUGAUUUCUAAUGUGUGUAGUAUUGAUCCAGGGGGAAAGAAGCCAUUGGUUGUAACUAAUGGAAACACAAACUAUAAUCAUGUCUCAAUCUCACCCGUAAAAUCUACCUCUGUUCAGUCUCCGAGGACACCUAAUAAAAAGAGAAUUGUAUUUAAUUGUGGUGUGCAGGUUAAUCUUCGAAGACGGACUGAAAGCAAAGGUGUCCAAGUAUCAUCAUCUUCAUCGUCUCAUCAUCAUAAAGACAGUCACACAAGCCAUAAACACAUUCUUGUUGAUUCAAAAUCGAGCAAUUCAUCCAGCUCCUCAAAACAUAGGAGUCGAGUAUCAUGUGGUACUCAAACUCAUACAUCUAAAUCCAACUCAGGUUUACCCCUUGACUUUAAGACUGAAAAGAGUGAUCAUCAUAAAUUAAUAUCGGAUUCUUCAAGUGAACUGAUCAUAAAAAGGGAAAAAAUUGAUCAUGUAGAGUUAAAAACUGAUGUAAAUUUCCACAUGACAGACACCAAAAUGGUUAAAAGUGAUCGAAAAGCAUUCGAUUGUGGUCCCAAUUCUCUCUCAUUUCCCUCCAAAUAUUCAAAAUUUAUUCAUGUGGAACAUUAUGCUAAUGGUGGUGCAACGGUUAUUCAUGCAUAUCAGGAAGAAUUAUCAGUUUUAAGUGAUGAAGAAAUGAAUGAAUUCUCCGACGAAUUCUUCAAAUUAGUUUAUGGUGAAACCAGUGAAGGCGUGGCCAAUUGUGUAAUGGGGAUAGUGCACAAUGCGGCAGCAUAUUUACCUGAUUUUAUUGAUUACUUUGCAGACUUAUAUCCCCAUCUCACUGUAAAAACGGAUGUGCUCGGUAAAUCAGACAUUGAAACUACAACCAUGCAAAAAUUCAGGGAAACUGUCCAAAAAUCAUACUGCAACGGAACUUUCCGAUCAGGUCCAUUACUGCAGAUUAGUUUAGUUGGAACUGUUCAUGAAGAAGUAGGAGAUUAUUUUCCUGAUUUUCUUGGAAUGUUGGAAGAUAGUCCAUUUCUCAAAGCUGUGAUGCCCUGGGGUCCAUUAUCAGCUAUUAAGAUCUCUCCACAAGAAAGUAAUGAUGGUCCUAUAUUAUGGGCGAGACCAGGUGAACAGCUUGUACCGACAGCUGACUUACCCAAAUCACCAUAUAAACGAAAGAAGGGUUUAACAGAAUUGAUGCGAUUAAGUCAUGUAUCAAGAGCUAGUGAACCUAGAGAAGUGUUGGUAGAAGAUAGAACUAAAUGUCAUGCUGAUCAUGUUGGACAAGGUUUUGAUAGAUUGACAACUGCUGCUGUUGGUGUUCUUAAAGCUGUCCAUAAUGGUGAUAAAACUGGGGAGAAAAGAAUAGUUAAAGAUGUUAUUUGUUUUCAUGCGGGUGAUUUUCUGGAUUUAGCAAGUAAACUUCAACUUGAUCUACAUGAACCUCCUGUUUCUCAGUGUAUUACCUGGGUAGAAGAUGCUAAAUUAAACCAGUUACAUAGAGAUGGUAUUCGUUAUGCACGGAUUCAGCUUCGUGAUGAUGAUAUUUAUUUUAUACCGAGAAACGUUAUUCACCAGUUUAAAUCGCUGACAGCUGUGGCGAGUGUCGCAUGGCACGUUCGUCUAAAACAAUAUCACCCAGAUCUGGCCAGUAAUAACACUUCAAGACAAGAAAGUAAAGAUGAAGAGAGUAUAGAUGCGGAUUUAGCUAGUGAAAUCUCAGUGAACAUGGAAGACAGUACAGUGAACAUAGAAGACAGUCUUACAAAUGAUAAACUGAAAGUAGACUUAUUAUCCUCUUCUACACCAGACAAAACUCAUCUAGAUAUCGGACAGAAAUGUGAAAAUGAACAAAAUGUUUUUUCUACCGAAAAUGAAGACAAAGUGGCAAGAGAUGACCUUUGAUUGUUCGUGUUCGACUUGAGUUUUUUUUAUAUUAAAUUUUGUAAAAAUUACUUGGCUAUGCGAAAGGUUGUCAGCAACUUUAGUUUUAGGAAUCUCAGUUAGAUUAGGGCACAAGUCAACUAAUGGAUUUAUGUAUUUUUGAUGUUGACAAAAUACCUUGACAUGUGUACAUGUAUGUAUAAUAAGUUCAUGUACAGUAAUUUGUAACUUGACGAUAAAUUAUUUGUAAAUAUAAAGAAAUUUAAUAAGAAAUUAUCAAAAGCAUCCAUAUGUACAUACCCACCUACUAACUUAUAUACACCAUAUUGUUUAUGUAUUAAAAUAUUAAUUUGAAUUUUCUGUACAUACAUGUAACUGAGUCGUACAUGUAUGGUUAUGUAUUAAAAUGUUAAUUUGAAUUUUCUGUACAUAACUAUGUCGUACAUAUGUACAUGUAUGGUUAUGUAUUAAAAUAUUAUUUUGAAUUUUCAGUACAUAACUGUGUUGUACACGUACAUGUAUGGUUAUGUAUUAAAAUGUUAAUUUGAAGGGUUAUGUAUUAAAAUGUUAAUUUGAAUUUUCUAUACAUAACUGUUUUGUACAUGUAAUGAUAAAAUGUAAAGUUAAUGCUGCACUUGAAUCAGGGUUGUCAUUACAAGUUUUGACGCAAGAAAUGAAAUGUGUUUUAACAUCUUACUUUUCUGAAACGACUUGGCUGAUGAAGCUAAUGUAGGGUUGUAUGAGGGAAAUUUUGUCCCAGUAUCACCACUAUGGCCUACCUUUAUUUUGAAUUCCAACUGUCACAGGUUGUUUUACAUGCACGCCAAUGUGUACAAGUGACCUCAGUUUAUCGUACAGAAUGACUAGACACUGUCCUUGCCAGACCCUCCUGCAACUCUGACAAGUGGUAACAACGCCAGAAUAUCCUGGGCGUCGAAGAUAUUACUUGUAAGUUGAUGCAAACAAUGUUGUUAAGUCGGUAUCUCAUAAUUACAAUUACUGGUGUCUCUGGUAAUUUUCAACAUGGUUUCGCCAUUUUCAGUGGUGCUGUACGAAGGGUCUUGCAAGGAAAAGUGUCUAGUUGCUUGGAUGGGAUGAAAAACUAAGAUCUUAUGUAUAUCAUUGGGAACACUUUAAAGUUCCUGACAAUUGGAAAUUGAAAAAAGACUUAGUUCAAAGCAAUGCUAUCAGGGCAAAAUUUCCCUCAUGGUGUAUGCAUGUCUUCAUUAGCCUGGUUGGUGCUGGGGGUUUGGAUGGCCGAAUGGUUAGCACGUGCGCACUGUAUCAUAAAGCUUGUCAUUGAGUCAACUGGCGUGGUUUCGAAUCCCCGGUUGUAUGUGACAAGGAGUAGGGUCGCCUGUCCAACCUCCGGGUCCUCCAGUUUCCUGCCACUGCUAAAAAACCCUACGCGAAUUAUUGCAUUAAAAUUAAAAACCAUAUGUUAGUCCUGAAAUGACCUAGUUUGUUUCGAGUGGACGUUAAACCCCAUUUCCUCUCUCUCUCCCGGUUGGUGCUGAAAAAAAAAGUAAGACUUUAAACCACAUUUCAUUAUUUAAUUACUGUAUAGUAUGACUUAUUCCAAUGCAGCAUAAUUUUUUGUUAUUUAUAUUCAUUUACAUAUAUGCAUAUGCAUAGGGACCUCUCACCUUAAAGUGGUCCAAUGAAGUUUAAGGUUUGGAUUGACCUGGCUCUCAGUUGGGUUACUACUAUAGUGUGAUGUCCAUGUGUAAUUCCAUUAUUGUUUUUUUUGAGUUAUUAUUAUAAAUGGCAUUUAGAACUGGAUUUGAAAUGAUUUCUGAAAGAAGACUGCCUCGUUUCUAAUUUUAGUUAGACGUUUAUUCUAUUUUAAUAAUACAGUUAGAUCAAAGAACUUUUGUAGGAAGUUUUGUACAUAUUGAGCCAAACAUUUAUUUUUUUGAGAUGAUGGUUACUGUAAGUAGCUAAUAAAUUUGACUUGAUAGUUUAGUUUUUAUUGCAAACUUUUCAUGAUUAGGUAUUUGUUGGAAAUUUUGAUUUUUUCAUGGGGAAAUAAAGAAAACCCAUCUAAUGAGAUGUUAAUGUCAAAUACCUGUAUUCUUUUUAAAGACUUGAUACAUCAUUUAGCGCUAUACCAAUUCCUGGCGAACUACAAUAUAGUGAGAGUUUAAUCUCUAAUAAUAUGAACAUUUGUAUAGCGUCAAUUCCACACUUAAAGUAUGCUCUAUGCACUUUCUACACACAAUUUUAAAUUAGAUAUAACGUUAAAAUAGGUAUGUUUUAAGUCUGGAUUUGAAACACUCAAUAGAAGGAGCACUUUUGAUGAACACUGGAAGAUCGUUCCAUUUUGAUGGAGCAAGAAAACUAAAAGCUCUUGCCCCAAAUGUUUUCAUUCUCCACCUUGGGAUCACCAACUGUAUUUGGUCACAUGAGCGUAAACUCCGGGAAGGCUUGUAACUUUGAAUUAGUUCAGUUAUAUAUGAUGGUGCUAGGUUAUUAACACAUUGAUAGGUCAGCGAAAGAAUCUUGAAAUCAAUCCUUUCCUGUAUUCGCAGCCAGUGUAAAGAAUUUAAUUGUGGUGAUACAUGAGAUGUUUGUGGGGUACGAGAUACUAUCCGAGCGGCAGUGUUUUGUAUCAGUCCAAAAAUAGUUCAAUUCCGUUCAAUAUUUAAUCAAUUUGAGUAAAGUUUAGCAUGGAUUAAAUGAAAUGAAAUGUUUGAUGCGUCAUUUACUGCUAUACCAAUCAUUUGCAAACUACAAUAUAGUGAAAUUUUAAUCUCUAAUAGGAUAUCAGUCUAAAAAUAGUUCAAUUUUGUUCAGUAUUUAUAAAGUUAUGAUAAAUUGAAAUUUCAUUGAUCUAUGUUACUACUAGCUAUAAAACAAGACACUGCAAGCUUUUAUUGGAAACCUGAUAGGCCUAGUUUAAAUCCGAUUUAAUCCAAUCCGGGAGAUUAUCUAGCGUUGGUAGUUUGAUUUUGUCUUCUUAAUUAAAGAUACAUUAUGGGAGAUUCGAUAACGAGUUAGCAGUUCUCACUAUAACAGUUAAAGACUAGAUAAUGUAAAGGCAAUUUGCUGAAGAUUUCAUUCAAAUUGAUCCACUAUGAACCGAGAACUUAGCGACUGAAAUUUCCCCCUAGCCUCGGUCAUCAUUACUAAAGUCAGUACAAUAAACAGCAUAGUCUCGAUUAUCCAUUUAAUCGUUAAAUCAAGAAGGAAAGUUAUGCAGUAAAUCGGCUCACAAUCCACUAAAGAUCGCAGGCUAGCGCUGCCAUCUAGAGUUGAUUAUGUUCUGGAUACGUUAAUUAAUGUCUAAUUAAUAAUUUAGAUAACAUUUCAGUCCUAAAGAAAGACCUUCAAUAGACAGAUUUAGCUCUUGCAUAAUGCAUGUUUAAGACGAGAGAAAUUUGAUAAUGUAGCGAAAAUGCAAUUGGCGCAUCAAGCCUUUUAAUGUUUGAUAAAGAGGAGCUAAAAUUUUAUUAACCUAUAACACAUACUUAUGGAAAAAACCCAGCUACUUAUUUAUUUGGACGAUGUUUUUUUAGAGUUAUCUGUCAAGGCUAUCAAGCUAUUUUAUUGUUGUUUUUUUUUUAAAUCAAACUACUUCCCGAUAUAGAUGUGUCAAAGGUUUUAGAAGAAAGAGUAGCAUUUGAGAACUUUUUUCUGUACAUAAAUUUGUAAAAUGUUAAAAGUUUUAACCUAUGCACUAGUCGAUCUGUGACAUUUUGUACAUUUUGUUAUAAAGUCAUAAAUAAUUAUAAUUAUAGUUUAUUCUGUAAUUUUGAUUGAAGAAGGUCAAUGAUAUUUUCAAAUAUUGAUGCACUUAAUUUCUUCUUUCUUUUUUCCUUUUUAAAAAUUUUAGAAGUGCCAUUAGUGAACCAAUUAUUUUUUCACUUUGUGAGAUUAAUAGAUUUUUUUAUAUUUUGCUUAAAAAUAUACAUUACAGUAUUUUAUUCAAACAUUGACAUAGAGUAGCCCUCCUAUUUUCCCCUUAGGCAGAAUACAACAUUUUCUUAAUAAGCUAUUUAAGUCACUUGAACUUUUAAGAAUAUAAUAUAAUAAAAAUAUAAUAUAAAUUUCAACCUUGAUAAAAUUAUCUUUGCCUAAUCUAAACUGAAUGGUGUCUGGACAAAAUGGCUAUAAUAUAAAUUGUAACCUCAAUCAAAUUAUCUGCCUAAGCUACACUGAUUGGAGUUUGGACAAAAUGGCUAUAGGGAUGUUCUGGUAUGUCUUACGAUUGGUUGAGAAGAAAAUUAAUAAUCCUGUAUUAGAAAUAUGCGGAAUGUAUUGUUAACCGGCGUAUGGAAACAACAUUCAUUGAAUUAACUGUCUACGCGAUCAGCCUGUUACCAUAUACACAAUAGCUGUUAUUUUGUCCAGACAAUUUUUUUUUAGUCGAAGCCGAGACAAUAUAGGCUGGAAUGAUCACAUCUAGGUCAGAAACUACAGAAAUAGUCAUAACUGCCAUUUCAUCGAAUAUUUGAUUACUAUUUAGAGUUAUCCCCCUUUGUUAUGUUAGAGACAUGUACACUCCAGAUUAUGUAUAUAUUAAGAUAUUUGAAAAUGACACCAAUUUGUUUAGUAGAUAAUUAUAAAGUGCUUAUUUUGGAUGUAGAUUUAAUGUGUAUAUAAUUUGAUUAAAUGAAGUUUUUUUUAUUUCUAGUAUUUGGACAACAGUGUUGAUCACUCAUUUACAUAAAAUCAUUUCUAGAUUUUAUUUUAUUGUCAACUUUUCAAAUGGAAUUAUUUAAACAUGCCUUUAUUUAAUGUUUCAAAAAUUGUACGCUAUAGAAUGAACUAUUUUUAUCAUUGAUUUAUAUAGAAUCAUUUUGUAGACUGAAUUUGUAUUAAUUAUUUUUGAUCACUAAUUUGUAACGAAUCAUUACGUAGUGAUUUUUUUUUUUUAUGUAAAGUUUUGAAUUUGAAUUAUUUACAUGCCUUUAAUCAUUUUGUUAAAGAAUUGGAGAGGGCGGAUAUUUUAUAAUAUUAAUGUAUUAGUUUAUUUUAAAUGUUUGUUAUAUAAACAGAACAAAAUAGAUUACAAUUUGCUGCAGUAUUUUUUCAUGUGAAAUAAUCAUUUAAAUUUUGUAACAAGUCUCUUGGUCUACAUGUUUUUCAACCUACCAGUAAUACAUGUGUCAUCAUAUUUUGUAUAGUUUAAAUGUUUGAAUUUAAAUUCUGUUAAAUCUUAAAUCCUUUUUGCACAGUUGCAGAAAAGUAGGACGUUGAACCCAAUUUCAUUCAUUCAUUUUGCACAGUUGGAUCAUUUUCUUUGAGUAUGUUCACUUUACUUUUCUUACAUGUCCAUGUAUUAGAAAUUUUAUACUGUGAACAGAUUCUUGUUCAGCCAAUACAUGUUUUUAACUGGCUUAGUUUGUUGGAUAGGCUGCUGGUAUAAAUUAUAUUGUUAUUGAUGCCUCACUCAAAAUAUUUUCUCUUGACAUAGAAUUCAUUUUGAAGAAGAAAAUUAAAAUCAAAAUAACACAGAAUCUGCAGCUUUUAUCUGGAAUUUCAAGAGUUAUUUAGUCAGAGAAAAACCCAGAGAUUAAUUCGUAUAAUUCUCCAUACAUAAUUAUGUAGGGAGAAAUUCUUGAAUUUGAAAAGACAAUGUUGAUCUUGGAAUGUAUGAACUUAUAAAAAUGAAAUUCUCCCAUUGUUCUGUGUUGUGUUAUAAACAUGUUAUAAAUUGUUAGCUUUAUUAUUUAACAUCUUCACAUUAUCAAGUGGCAGACAAUUCAUAUAUUGUUGCUGGGGUAACUCUAGACAAUUUAUAUGCUGUUGCUGGGACAAUUCAUUUGUUGCUAGGGUAACUAAACAAUUUAUUUGUUGCUAGGGUAACUCUAGACAAUUCAUAUGUUGUUCCUUGGGUAACUCUAUAGACAAUUCAUAUGUUGUUGCUGGGUUAACUCUAGACAAUUUAUUUGUUGUUGCUGGGGUAACUCUAAACAAUUCAUAUGUUAUUACUGGGGUAACUCUAGACAAUACAUUAUUUGUUGUUGCUGGGGUAACUCUAGACAAUUCAUAUGUUGUUGCUGGCGUAACGCUAGACAAUACAUUCGUUGAUGCUGGGGUAACUCAAGACAAUUCAUUUGUUGUUGCUGGGGUAACUCUAAACAAUUCAUACGUUGUUGCUGGCAUAAAUCUAGACAAUUCAUUUGUUGUUGCUGGGGUAAAUCUAGACAAUUCAUAUGUUGUUGCUGGGGUAACUCUAGACACUUCAUUUGUUGUUGCUGGGGUAACUCUAGACAAUUUAUAUGUUGUUGCUGUGGUAACUCUAGCCAAUUCAUAUGCUGUUGCGGGGGUAACUCUAGACAAUUCAUUUGUUGUUGGUGUAACUCUAGACAAUUCAUUUGUUGCUGGGGUAACUCUAGACAUUUCAUAUGUUGUUGCUGGGGUAACUCUAAAAAAUUAUGUUGUUGCCGGGGUAACUCUAGACAUUUCAUGUGUUGUUUCUGGGGUAACUCUAGACAAUUCAUAUGUUGUUGCUGAGGUAACUCUACUAUUUGUAUUGUGAUUACUUGAUAAUGUGAAGAUGUUUAUUUAAAAAUGUUAGUUGUAUGUUAUAUUUAUUUGUUAUAUUUAAACAUCAACUAUUAUAUCUUAUUGUAUACAAUAAAACAUGUUUUAAUAUUAAACUACUACAAAUACUGU